GCCCGCUACCUUAGUGACUCCUCACUGUCCUCAGCGUUUAGCAGCUGGGGAUGACUACGGACGUGUUGCCGCCGCGACUCGCAUUCUCCACAACGUUCCUUCCUCCUCUUCACUCUGCUUGAGGAAUAUAGUGGUGCAAGGGGGAGGGUGGAUUGAGGCCAUACGCGAUUGUCACUGCAGGCACUCGGCUAUAGUGAACUGGUCACUCCCAUCUCUUCUUCGUUCGGUCUCCGCGGCUAUAUCGAACUGGUCAUUUGUUGACGUCUGGGAAAUCGGGUUUCCCGAGAAAAAGAAGAGUGAAGCGAGCAAGGUCAGUAGAGCUGCGAGGGGCACCGAGACGAACGGAGACAACUAGACUACCAAGUCGGGGAGAGCGAAAGCGAAUAUGGCUCAGGAGUUACGUAAAGCUGGCAGAGUCUCCGUGCCUACAGCAGAGGAGCAGGGAGGAGGUACAGGACCGGAGUAUGAUUACCCAGACACAUCUGCAGACGAAGUCAUUCCUGUGGUGAAGGGGAAUGAACCCAUAAUCGACGAAUCGACGGAGGAUGUGGCAGCGGCGCCUGGAGAGAAUUUGCCUGAAAUGUCUCCUGAGGACAUUGAGAAAAUGGAGCGUGAAGAGGAGGGAGAGGAAGAAGAAUGGACAGAAGACCUAGCUCAAAAUGAGCCUCUACCAGAUGAAGAGUACAUUCAACUGCCAGAGGAGAAAGAGGCGGACUUGGUCAACACCGAUAGAAAGUCAACGCAGACGAACUUGUUCAACGCCGAUAGCAAGUCGCGCAGGAGAAUUUGGAUGUUUACCAAUGAGCCCUCCCUUGUGUCGGCCGAUGAUCGCACGAGGUCCCUGACCACAUGGCGCACCUUCCAUCCCAUCGUCUCGCCGACCCCUUUGAUGACAGCUGGCAAAUCCCACCGACGUGGCGGACGCGGACCUUGCCACGUGGCAGCACGGUGCAAGGUGGAGGAGGAGGCGGCUGAUGUGGCUGCUGCUUCCUCCAGGCGAGAGGUCCUCGGCCUGUUGAUAGCGUCAUCGGUGGUGGGGACCACAUGUGGUUUGCCAUCGCCCUUGCCUGAGUCAGCAGCAGGUGCAAAGGGCGUCUUCCUCUCGAUGGCUAUGGCGGCCGAGGAUGCCGAAGCUGCAGAUCCCACGUCGUUCCGCGUGUAUUUCGGAAAUGCCGCGGCAGCUGCCAGCUAUGGUGGUUAUGGUGGGAACGCCAGCAAGCAGAGCGAAGCUGAGUACACGUACAAGGUGCCUGCCACGUGGAAGGAGCACGUCGUUUCGAAGAUCGAGAAAGGAACCAACGGCACAGACAGCGAGUUCUAUAACCCUAAGAAGAGGUCCGAAAAGGUGUACCUUACCUACCUGGGUGGGGUGCCAAAGCUUGGCCCCAAAGAGGCCAUCUUGAACAAUCUGGCAUUGUCUGACGUGUCGCUACAGGACGCCCUUGCCGAAGCAGAGGAGAUAAGCACCGGCGAAAGGACGGACGCGCAGGGGCAGGUGUAUUACGACUACGAGUUCUCUACCGCUGGGGAACACAGCCUCAUCACCGUCACAUGCAAGAGAAACAAGCUGUAUUCACUCUUCGUCCGCUCUCCUGAAAAGGACUUCAAGAGGGAUGAAAGCAUGCUUCGUGAGAUCUGGAGCUCCUUUUCAACGGUCUAGAUUCAUUAGCGGGCUAGCAAAAAAUCCUACCAAAAAAAUAAAAAUAAAAAAAUCUACAGAGGAUGAAUCGCCUGUCGGUAAACAGAUCACAAGUUCAAAUGCUGCUGCUGGACUAGGACUAGCGGGGCUCGUUGGCUUUCUGUACCUCGUUGGGAGUGUGUGUGUGUGUGUGGGGGGGGGGGGGGGGGGGGGGUGGGGGGGGGGGGGGGGUGUUUCUGCCCCUGCAAAUCUACUUUAUAUGUUGUCGAGAGCGUAAUUCUGGCGGCAGCGGAGAGGGGUCGUGAAAAGAAAUUGAAGAUGGAAAAAUGGCACACAAACCAGUCAUAACAAUCACACAAGUAGACAUAUGGAGUUUCGAAAGGAUGGCACACAAACCAGUGACACCCCCCACCCACCCACCCACCGGGCCUUCAACAAUGAUGGGCGGUUGGUCGCUGGGUGCGUCAGUACUGGGGAUUCUCCUACCAACCCGGGUAGUGAGGUCCCACCGAAAUGAUGUUUCAAGGAAAAAGAGCGGUCUUUUUGCCUUUCCUUCUCUUUUUGUGUGUUCGAUUUCGUCUGUUCUUUUCUUCUGCUUCUCCUUCGCAGCGGCGCUGAUGGCGUCCUGCUGCUGCCUCCUGCCUCCUCCCCCUCCCCCUCCCUCUCCCUCUCCCUCUCCCAAUUCCAAUCCCUUUCUAAGAAGGAUGUGCUAUCCAGCCGUUGACGUGGCAGAAUCCACGGCAUCCAAUCUCCUCACUUACUACCAGGAAUGCCCGGUUGACACGUGGAAGGUGGGCGGAUCUGCACCGGCCUCUCUAUAAAUGCCAUCGUCCGAUUUCUGACGUGUGGUUCGAACCGCUGACCACGCAGGGAGCAGGCUUGUCGGAAGAACCCAUAGGCAGGUAGUCAUAUAUUGCGUGCUCUCUCUCUCUCUCUCUCUCUCUCUCUCUCUCUCUCUCUCUCUCUCUCUCUCUGCAUUUUGUUCCCACCCUUGCACGCACUUACGAGAACGACUAGAAAAGAGAGCGAGAAAUCAAUUAACCAAUUGACA